AUGGGGCCAAGUAGACAUCACGGGCGUGACCAUAGACAUCGUGAUCGUAGUCAUGACUGGAGCAGGAUCCAUAAAUCACAGAGAAAAAAUAACGACUAUGUUGAUAAUGAUGGUGCUUUGACAUCCGCAGCCGCGAUGAGUGCUGGCUGGACUACUUCUACAAGCGCUUCCCAUGGAUUUAGCAGAAAUAGGGAAUCUGAACGAUAUGGACCAUUUUGCCCUCGGAAUUCUAAUAUUUCUCCCGAUCACUUCUACAAUCAGUACUCCAGUCAAAAUCCAGCAUCAAAAUCUCACUCCCGAAUUAAAUCCAGCGUUCCCUUCUGGUCGUCCAAUAGACUCUUGGUGCAGCCAUCAUUACCAGCGCUUACUUCUCCGAAUAGUGGGUCUGCUUAUUUCUCGCAAGCACUUGGAUCAUUUUGUCAAGAGCCACCCAGUUACGCCGAGGCUGAUUCAACGCUUAAUGUGCAUAAAUCAUCUGAUCCCAUUGCAAGUUCGAGAUCAGUUCUUGUGCAUUUACGUCAGCCGACUCAACUUUCUAGAGAUCCACGACUUGCUCCAUCAAAAUGA